GACUUGCUUAAAGCUGUUUGUCUAUCAUCCUUCUCAGAUUCACGAUCUCCUGCCAGCCUGCCAGCAAGCAUCCGUGAACUUUUGCGGCACGUUGGCCCCCCGUUCGGUAAGCUUGCUUACCCCCGCAGAAUCCAUCACCAUGCAGAGGCAUCAUGUCUCAUGCAAUGGAGCGGCGGCUGCCUAGUCGGCAGACUUGGCGUUCCGACCCCCGAGCGAUCCCACCGAUAGGAUCCCGCGACCGACCAACGGGCUUACAGACGAGGAACGCAACACUAGGGAGGCCUUCGUUUUUGCACGCCAAUGCCCGUCGUGGCAACCAUCCGAAAAACAGUGUCCCUUCACCGACUUGUUUGACUCACGCCGGACGGCGCCAUGCAUAUUUCAAAGCCAGAACGAAAGCCGCUUGCGGCGAUCCCUCGCCCCCCCUCACAUGCACGUGUUGUCGCGCCUCCUUCGCGCCCUCUCGGCCUAUCUCUCUCUCUUUCCCCCUCUGACGGAGCUUUCACUCUCCCGCUGACGCCGGCGCGCGAUUUUGAUCUUGAGGCUGAACGCCAUUCUAUGCUGUGUACAAAACACGCGGCUAUUCUCUCUGUCUCUCUCUCUCUCUCUCUCUCUCUUUCACACUCUCUCCAUUCGACCCCGCGUCACACCCAGCUCAGCUUUCCACCACCAAAGGAACCGACUGUCACAACCACCAUCAAAUCUUCACCAGUAAACUCCCCCUCUUCCCACACAGUCAUACACCAAGCUCCGAGCACCUAAACCCAUACGGCCGCCAACAUGUCCAUCGACCACAUUGGUCUCUUCGUCCCCGCUUCCAUCUACAAGGAGACGGUCGACUGGUACCUCGCCGCCCUCGCCCCCAUCGGUUUCAAAAAGUUCGUCGAGCCCAACGAGUACGCCUGCGGCCUUGGCGUCCAACGCGGCGACUUCUGGAUCGCCUGCCACAGCGCGGACAAGGCCAACAUGCCCGUCCACAUUGGUUUCAAGGCCGAGAAUCGCAAGGCAGUCGACGACUUUCAUAAGGCCGCCCUCGCUGCCGGGGCCAAGGACAACGGCGCGCCCGGGCUCCGGCCGCAGUACCACCCCAACUACUAUGGCGCUUUUGUUAUCGACCCCUCGGGAAACAAUGUCGAAGUCGUCUGCCACACGCCCGAGGUCACAGAAUAAGCGAGACGGGCAUGUCGUUGCAGUUUGUCACUUGCCGUUGUGUGUCUGGAUGGGAUGGAAGGUUGCGGCCAAAACGGUCGACAGUCGUAGAGAACAUACCAAGAGAGAUUACUCUGUAGAUGCUGGGCAUAUCCCACGUCCGCAUGUCCGGGCAUGGAAAACGUGUAUCCUCAUCAGUUUCAAUUUUCCAGCCUCACCUUAUAUUCCAUACAUUCCAAGAUCACCAAUGCUGCC